AUGUCAUCUGAGUAUGUUCUUGCUAUUAAUGUUGGUACGACUUCGGCUAAGGCAGCUCUCUUCCCGAAAGAUGCCAGGCUAGCUCACUCUAGACAGUAUUUCUUCGAACAGAAAUAUCCUAAUCCAGGAUGGUGUGAACAGGAUCCAUAUGCUAUAUUAGAAUCAACAAUUAAAUCAGUUAACGAGGUGGCAGAAUUGAUAGUACCCUAUGGUAGUAUAACAGCAGUUGGUAUAACUAAUCAGCGUGAGACAGUUAUAGCAUGGGAUAAGGUAACUGGUAAACCAUUAUAUAACGCUAUUGUAUGGUUGGAUCUGAGGACUUAUGAUACUGUAAAGGCUCUCACCAUGGAUGGUAGUAAAGAUAGAUUCCGUCAUAUUACUGGAUUGCCCAUCAGCACUUAUUUUACUGCACUCAAGAUAAGAUGGUUAUUGGAUAAUGUUGAUGAAGUUAGUGAUGCAGUAAAGGAAGGAAGAUGCCUUUUUGGUACAGUCGAUUCAUGGCUUACAUAUAACCUAACUGGUGGACAUAAUAAUGGUGGAAUACAUGUCACUGAUGUUACCAAUGCAUCAAGGUAUAUGUUGAUGGACCUUAAGACCUUGUCAUGGUCGGAAGAGGUUUGUCAUGAGCUCAAUAUACCACUUGAGACUCUUCCCAAGAUUGUGCCAAGCUCUGGAUACAUUGGUAUCAUGUCCUCUCAUCAACUACACUCCGCAGUGCGUGACGUACCUAUUACUGCUAUACUCGGUGAUCAACAAUCUGCAUUGGUCGGUCAUGGUUGCAUACAGGAGGGUCAAGGGAAGAUGACGCUUGGUAAGGGUUGUUUCAUGUUGGUCAACACAGGCCAACAGAUCGUACCAGCAUCAUUCGGUAUACUCACAACGGUGGCAUUUCAAAGAGAGGGUGGUGAUGUCUACUAUGCACUUGAAGGCUCGAUUGCUAAUACUGGGCGGGCAGUUCAAUGGUUGUGUGAUAAACUACAACUCAUUGAGACACCUGAUGAAAUUGAGAAGUUGGCCCUCACAGUUCCCAAUACCGGAGGGGUCACCUUCGUACCUGCCUUCACUGGUCUAUUCGCACCGUAUUGGCGUCCUGAUGCACGGGCAGUUAUUACUGGCAUGACCUUGGGGACUACGAAAGCCCACAUAUGUCGGGCAGUGUUGGAAGCAGUGGCCCUUCAGGUGUUAGAUGUGGUAGAAGCUAUGGAAAAGCAUAUUGGUCGCCCAUUGGAGAUGUUCUAUGUCGAUGGUGGUAUGACCAGGAACGCAUUGUUCUUACAGAUGCAGGCUGAUGCACUAUUGAAGGACAUAUACCCUGCUGAAUUGAUAGAGUUCACUUCUUUUGGGGUUGCUUAUGCUGCUGGAUUGGCGGUGCACUUCUGGGAUAAGGUUCCUCUACAGAGUCUCAUAUCUAAUCUUGGUGGCCAUAGGAAGAUAACACCACGCCCAGAUGCAUUGGCACAGAGAGGGACUGUCAGGCGGAGAUGGAAUGAUGCAUUACAACGUUCGUUGAACUUGGAAGAGUAA